UUGGAAACUUCCGGUGAAGAAAACUAUUUUUUGAUGAAAUAUAAUAAUCAAGAUGGUGUUCUGUUCUGUGUUAAACUGCAAAAUCCAAUCAGGACAAGGGAUUGCAAUGUUCAAGUUUCCAGAAAAAGAUUUGGAAAGGAGACAACUUUGGAUUGACAAGGUAGCCUUGAAGAGAAAGGACUUUCAGCCAUCACCAUUUGCCCGUGUUUGUGCCCGUCAUUUCACCAAUGACCAGUUUGUUAUUGAUCCAUCGUUAGCUGUGUCUAUUGGGUACAAACAGAAACAAUUAAGAUUAAAGGAAAAAGCUGUUCCAACCAUUUUUGACAACUAUAGUGGAGGGAUUGUUUUAAAAACAAAGAGAACAACUUAUAAAAACUCAUCAUCAGAGAGAAGAACUAAGAGACGAAAGAAAUAUAUGUUUGCGGAAGAAGACUCUGAAGAUAGUGAAUCUUUAUCAAGUAGUGAUACAGAUUCUUACGAUGCACAAGAAAAUUCAGCCUUACAAGACGAUACUGAACAGCUGAUUGAUAAAACAUCUAAAUCCAUCAUGGAAGAUGAGACCAUUUCUGAAACAGUGUAUCCACCUAUAGAAUCAGUACCUAAAUCUAUAACUGGCAGACGGAAACCCAAAAAAACAGCAUCAGAAAUACUUCAAGCUUGUAAAGUUGAGGCUGACGAAUUAUAUUCAAUUAAGUCAAAAUUACCCACAUUACAAAGUAAGAAAAGGAAAAAAGUUAUUUGUGCAAUGUCAAGAAAAAAUGCUACACAAUCACCAAACUUUGUUGAGAAGAGAGUACUGGCAGCAAAUGGUCUGGGUGAUAGAGUGGUAGAAUUCCCUGUUGAUGGUGACUCGGAGGAUGUUACUUCUUCAAUCUUAAGGGAAUUUCCCAAACUUCAAGAAGGUGGUGGAUUCAUCAUGUACUGGGCAGAUGAGAACAGUCGCAAUUUGAUACAUCUGGCCUCUAGUGAAGACAGUUUUAACGUUGAUUUACUCUUCCGAAUUCAUAGUGGCAGUGUUUACAUCAAGCCUACCAAGAAUGAUCUUGAAAUAAAUAAAGAUUUGAUAUAUUACCAAGGUGAUAGUGAAACUUGGGGUGAAUGUCAGAUUUGUGGGAAAUUGUUCUUACUGGAAUACAUUGAGGACCAUGUAAACAAAUGCAGGACUCAUUAUGAUGACAUGGUACAGAAAGAAUUAGCUGUAAAUAAAGAAACCAACAUUCCAAUAACAGAGCAUCAACUAUCUGUCACCAAUAAUCAAGUGACAACAAAAGUUGAAACUAUAACAACAGUAGAUCCUCAAAGUCUUAUUACAGAAACAAAUCCAGAAUCAGUUAAUACACAGCUUACUAUAUGUAAUUCACCAACCAACCCGAAACAGACUAUCAAAUUUCAGCAUGUGUCAGGUUCAAAGAGCCAAUCAUCUGAUAAAACAGACCAGGUGCUGGUGGUAACUAAAGAUCCAGGCUAUGUAGAUAGCCUUAGAAGUAAUUUCUUUGCAAUGCAACAAGAGAAGCAGUUGUGUGAUGUGCUGCUGAAAGGAGCAGAUAACUCUUACAUUAAUGCUCACAAACUUGUUCUUCUAGCCAGUGGAAGCCCAUAUUUUCAUAAUAUGUUGUCAGGUCCUCAGUCAGCCACCUGUGAUCCACAGGUCAUUGACUUUACUCUUUAUCCUUUUCCAGUUUUAGAAUCUUUGAUAAGGUAUCUUUAUACUGGUGAAAUUAUGAUUUCUCGACCACUUGUCAGCAAAUUUAAUAAUCUCUGUGGAGUGUUGAAGUUGAAUGCCCAGAAUCUUCUGAAACACUAUUUUGCAUCCUGUCCUCCUACAUGUAAUUUUACAGUCAGUUUACUUGGUGCUAAGAAAUCAGAUUCCGUUGAAGAGAAUGUUGAUUUAAGUUAUUUAAAAUCAAACCGAUUUGUAAAUGCACCAAAAAGGCUUUCUGAAAAACUAAGAGACAUAAUUGAGAAGAAUGAAAAGCUGUUUAAAGAUGUCGGCAUGAACAGUAAUGCUAACGCAAAACUAAAAAAUAAACAAAAAAGAAGCUUUGACAUUUCACAAGAGGAUUACCCGAUACCUGGCAAUGUGAUGGUUAAAUCUAAAGUGCCUAGUUUCAUUGAAAAUAUAAGAACAGAGGAUCAGAUUUAUGUAAAGACAGAACAUGAAGACAUAUCUGUGGAACAUUCAUAUACAAACACUGUAAAUGUUGGCCAAAUGUUUAACAUCAGUCAAGAAAAUGACACAGAGAAAAUGUUGAAUAGUGAUUACCUUGAAGAAGACAACAGCAACAAACUAAAAUUUAAAACUAAUUGUGACAUUACAUUAGUGUCUGAUGGUCACACUGUAGAUAAUAUAUCUGAUGUUGUUGUAAAAGUGGAAAACGUAGACAUGGAAUCCGAAAAUAUUCAUAGCGAUUAUGAACCAAAAACAAUGAACUUGGAAUCAGAAAGUGCACACGGUCAUUAUGUCCCAGAUAUAGUGAUAAAAACAGAGCCUUGUGAUGAAGACUAUUGGCAAAAGAGACCUCAAUUAGGAUUGGAGUUAGAAACAGAAAGUUAUGAAGGAUUGGGCAGUGUUACAGUAAAGGAAGAACCUCUAACAUGAUAGAAAUUACAGUUUGGAAGAAGCAGUUCUGUGACUAAAUUUGUAAAGUGAAACAAUUCUGUACAUUUUGUAGGAAAUUUGUAUCUUAAAAGUAAAGGAAAAAUCAGAUUUUUUGCUUAAACUAUAGAUUCAUUCUUCAGAACAGAGAAAUGCAUUGUCUAAAAAUGAAGUUAUACAUUAGGAUCUGGAUGGGGUGCUUCAUUUAUGUAUUCUUUAAUUUUUAAUCCAUUUUUCUAUCUUUUAUGCCCAUUUAUCUCAAUUCUUUAUAUUUAACAACCCAUUUUUCUCUAUUCUUUAUUUUUUAUUCUCUGUCCUGUUAACCCCACAAAGACCCUCUGACAUGUAUGCCUUAAUUUUGAAAUUUCAAUGACAUAGCUAACAUCAGGAAGUAUGGCCAUUUUAGCCAAAAACAAAAUAAAAUUUGGACCAAGGUGAUAUACAGUACGGGUAGAGACUUAUUAUUAUGGAUGUCUUAAUCCGUCUAGAUGUCAGACUGGUCGGACAGUUGUCUCAGUGUAAUUAACACCUGCUGUGAUAUUAGGGAUCAUAGAUUUAUUCUUAUGAGGAAGCUCCGAGCAUGCUCGGAGGAUGCUCAG